UUGUCAAUAUUUAUGAACAUGUGCCGCGCAUGCCCAAUGCUAAAAUUGGAAUGUAUUGACUUGAGUUGAGUAUACAAAUAGUUUGUUUAUAGAUAGUAUUAGUAGUAUUUUGGCUCGUAUACAAACUCUAUAAAUAAUUGCUGGAUGAUAUCGAGUACAUUGGUCAAGGUGCAACAACACUUUUGUCGUAAUAAAAAAAUUGCAUUAAGGGCUCGGCAUCAGUUCAACGAAAUGUCCUUAGAGCAAGCUAAACAAGUGGCUGCGUACAGAGCAGUGGACGAGUUUGUUAAAAAUGAUAGCAUAUUUGGUGUUGGAAGUGGUUCAACGGUUGUUUACGCAGUGCAGCGAUUAGCUGAGAGAGUCGAAACUGAAAAUUUAAAAGUGGUGUGUAUUCCUACUUCCUUUCAAGCUAAACAGCUGAUCAUAAAACAUAACCUUAUCCUAGGCGAACUUGAAACUAACCCGGUCAUAGAUGUAACAAUUGAUGGUGCAGAUGAGGUUGAUAGGAAUAUGACACUAAUCAAAGGAGGUGGAGGUUGUUUACUUCAGGAAAAAAUUGUUGCUUCUUGUUCAAAGAAACUUAUUAUUAUAGCAGACUAUACAAAAGAUUCACAGAAACUAGGUGAUAGAUAUAAGAAAGGAAUUCCUAUAGAAGUUAUUCCCAUGGCUUAUAUGCCUAUAAAGAAUAAAAUUAUCUCUAUAUAUGGAGGGGACAUCAAACUGCGCAAUGCAAUUGCGAAAGCAGGCCCAGUUGUGACUGACAAUGGUAAUUUUAUAUUGGAUUGGAUGUUUACAAAUCAGGAUUUGGACUGGGAGAAAGUUAGCAACAUCAUAAAGUUGAUACCUGGUGUUGUUGAAAUUGGACUGUUUGUAAAUAUGUGCCAUAAAGCAUAUUUUGGACAACCAGAGGGUUCUGUUAUUGAAAGAUCUGUUUAGUUAUCAUGAAUUUAUUUUUUGUUACUUUUUUAAGUUGAAAUAUAGUGUAUUUUUAUAGAAAA